CUCGCCGGGGCCACCCUCCAGACCGGCCACUGCUCCGGAGCGAGCCUGGAGCCUCUCUCCGCCUGGAGUUGCAGUUCGUCUCCGAUCCCCUUGGGAUUUAAACCUUCUUGCAUAUAUAUAUAUAUUUUUUUUCCCCCUUCCUCCUCCUCCUCCUCUCUUUUUUCUCCCGUGCAAAGUGGAGCAGGAACUGCACCAAGGCAGCCCGCGAGAUCCUGCAACACUGCUCCGAUUUAAUUCCCUGCUAUUAUUCCUAAUUAAUUAUUAUUUUUGACCUCGCCCUCCCCCCCCCGCCGGGGAGGGAAGCGGGACCAUUCUCGGCAAGAGAAACAUUUCGCUCCGUAUCUAUAAUAAAGAUUUUUGAUUUUUCCCCUUUCCGAGGAGGGGCCGGGUGGAGGGCAGGCACGGCAGGGGGGGGCCGGCCCUCGGUGGAGAGCGCAGCCCCGCGGUCCCAGCGCGGAGCGCGGCCGCGGCGGCGGGGGGAGGCGGCCCCAGCGCCGCCCGCGAGAGGGGGGCAGCCGCCCCAGACAGGUGAUGGGCGUUUCGGCUGCGCUCCGGAUCGACUCCUUGGGUUUCACUUUGGUCUGAUCUAAGCAAAUAUGCAGAAGUACCGGCUGGUCUAGUCCUAAGAGCCAAGAGGAGCGAGCGAGAGCGGCAGAAGGGAGAGCAGCCACGCUCCCGUAGCGAAGGGAACGUACAAACAGCGGCCGCGCCGUCAUUAAGCUACCGCCGCCCCGGGCAGCCCCGACCCACCCCUGGAUGCGGAGGACCCCCGAGCCACCCCGCUGCCUUUCCCCUGAGGGAUGGUACUGAAUUUCUGCGCGGCAGGAGCCGGCCUGCAGCUCCUCUCCAUCAGCGUUGCCUUCCCUCCGUGUCUAAAGUGCACUAGACCGCGAUGAGGACCUGGGCUUGCGUUUUGCUGAUAGGUUUUGGCUACCUGUCCUUUACCUUCUCCGAGGAGGCCGAGAUCCCGCAGGAGCUCAUCGAGCGGCUGGCGCACAGCGAGAUCCACAGCAUCCGCGACUUGCAGCGCCUCCUGGAGAUUGACUCCGUAGGAUAUGAUGAUGUUUCAGAAACAAACUUGAGAUCAUAUAGCGUUCAUUCUGCUAAACAUGUGCAAGAGAAUCGUCCUGUGCCCAUUCGCAGAAAAAGAAGCAUUGAGGAGGCCAUCCCGGCUGUCUGCAAGACACGGACGGUCAUCUACGAGAUACCUCGGAGUCAGAUCGAUCCCACCUCGGCCAACUUCCUGAUAUGGCCGCCCUGCGUGGAGGUGAAGCGCUGCACUGGCUGCUGCAACACCAGCAGUGUGAAAUGCCAGCCGUCCCGGAUACACCACAGAAGUGUCAAGGUGGCAAAAGUGGAAUAUGUUAGAAAAAAGCCAAAAUUAAAAGAAGUUCUGGUGAGAUUAGAAGAGCAUAUGGAAUGCACCUGUACAUCAUCAAAUACUAAUUCAGAUUAUAGAGAAGAAGAAACUGGCGAGACCGAGGCAUGGAGAAAAGACUGUGCAAGGUCAUACAGCAAGGCUGUGGCAGAACCAGGGAUAGGACUCAGAUCUGAGUGCUCAUCCAGUGCCCUAAAUCACACGACCAUCUUCCCUUUCCAAGAAUGAAUCCUUGCACCCUUAGAGCUAAAUACUGAAAAGAUUGAGGGAACUUAGAUAAAAAUACACGAAGAAAGGCUCACUUGUGUGCUUCAAAAGAAAAGAAAUUCACAUAUGAAGGCUGGAGUGGUCCCUCAAACCAGGAAAUAAGGAGCCAGGUUUUAUAAGAAGUGUUACAUACUCAUCUGCAGAUCAGACUUGGUGUUUUGGCCUCUGUGUACUAUCUUUGAUCUUGCAUAAUGAAGGCAAGUGGUUUUACUGUCCAUCUUUGAAACUGAGGGUAACUGAUAAGAUCAGGGGUGCCAAAAAGCAGAAGCACCCAGUGAUGCAGCUGAGCUCGUAGUGCUUGAAAUCCCCUGGGGAUUUUGAAAAACUUCCUGAUUCUGGAAAACAAUCACAAAUAAAUAGAAGAAAAGCAUUUUAAACACUGCUGAAAAUCCCACCCUGGAUUAUUUGGCAGGUGAAAAAAGAAUCCAAAAAAGAGACUACUUAUAAUGAUCAUUCAGUGACAAAGUAGAUACUCAUGGAGAAUGCUCAUGCUUAAGUCUCUCAGCAGUUAAUUAUCAUCUUUACAGACCAUAAUACUGGAAUACUUCACUUAUCAUCAAUACUUCAGGGCUUGGAUGAACUUUGAGACGCAUGAAAAUGAGACACUCCUUAGGCUCGUGGUAGCUCUGUGUUCUAGUAACUGAUCAACCCAUUACAUAAUUGGUCAGAUCACUAACUUGCAUAAAUAGAUACAACUCCGUUGACUUCACUGGAGGUGACAGUUACCUGAGAAUUGACCCGAAACUCCUGCCACAAAGCAGAUAAUGGUUUCAUAUUUUGCUGUUUAGUGUUGUAAAAAUAGACUCAUUUCCUGGAGCAGUUAAAACAAGAAAAUAGGGAAAAGCAAUUUCCCACAGAGACUCAUCCGCACUGGAAUUCACCGAAGUCCCCGGAUGUGAACAUGUGCUGUUAGAAAACAUAAACCAGCAACUUUGUUUAGGGAAGCCUCUGACCUGUCAAAAAUGCAGAGCAUUUCUAACCAGACUUUUCCUUGGCAAUUAGUGGGUAGAAUUACUCAUAGAAAUUGUUUUAUUUGCUCACAAGGGGAAAAGUAAGACAUAAAUUCAAGAUAGCCCCCGUUUGACCACAAGAAAAAAGACUGUUCACAGAGGGCCUGUGGGUGAAGUGCUGAGUGGCUUCAGCUCCCUUUGGGGAUGAACUCAAAUUUUUAGACCUCAGUGAAGUAUGAAGAGCCCUUCCAGACUUACUGGGCAUCCCUAGCUGUGAUUUUUUUCAGCAGUUUAAGGGAUUUGGCAUCCAGUUUUAAUUCAUUUUUUAUGCGACUUUCAAGAAACCUUUGUUGCCUUCAGAAUGUCUCUGUUCUGAAAAGAGACUGAUUUCGACCCAAUGAUGUGACCAUGCCUUGCAUCUCUGGGUAGCAGCACUCAAACCUUAGGUUUGUUUUUUUGUUUGGUGUGUUUCCCAGCAGUGACUUUUCAAGUGCCCCAUUCACUGCUGGAGCAGCCUGACAGUUCAGGUGGGAAGUUCCCCCCACUCCAGCCACGCGUCACCUUUUCCUUAGCACUUGGGCUUUACAUGUGUUUUCUGUACAAAGGUGGUGCUGGUUUAACCUGAAGACCAGGGAAGUUUCAAGUGGUCAGAUUUUGUGCUGUGGGCCCUGUUCUGCUACUACUGAGUCUCUUGCCCAGCUGUGUGGGGCCAGAGAAGGAGGGAGAGAUGGUCCAGCACUUGGAGGAAGUGGGCUGAGGGCUCUAUGCUCACACUCUUGGAAGUGAAGGCAUUUCUUGGUCCAGACUCACCCACAGUAAAAUAAUCUGCUCAGAGGUCUCCUUGGAGUCAGGAAGCUACUCAAAAACUUGUUCAAGGUCUGAAUUCCUCUUGACUGCAAUGGGUUUCCACAGCAAAAAUGAGAGAAGCAAUUUGUCCCAAAUAGAGUGGUUUCUUCAACAGGCCAUGUAGGAGUCAGCUUGUGUACUGUACUGAUUGCCCCAAAUACCCCUUUUAAAUAAAUUUGAACUGUUUUUUCUGGGAGAUGUUUCUCAUAGAUGUGCUUCAGAAGAGCUUGCCUAACAGCUUGUAUCCAUUUGCUGUGAAGAGCCUUCUGGCCCAUCCAAAAUGGUCAGCCUAUGCCUCUGUGGCUAAUAGGGGUUUUGGGACCUUGCAGCUGGGGUUAGCAAGUGCAAAUGUUUCCCAUUAGCUCCCUGCAUACCCUAAGUUGUGAUUCAUCAAGAGAGACAGUGGAAGGCUGAAGUUGAGACAUGAGAUGUUUCUUUGAAAUUACUUGUGCUUAAAGUUAGGCAUGAUCUGAGCUGGCUUCCUAAGCUGAGCCCCUAACGAGCCCACUGUGCUAACACAGUGCAGUUUAGUGUUUUCCUCCUGUGCAUUGACCAGAGUGAUGCUGUUUCAGGAGGGUUUGAAACCUUUCAGAAAACCAUUCCAUAGUAACAAGGAAAAACUUGAACUAUUCAGUGGCUUUCUACCAGCAAGCUCAGCUACACUAGAGAGCCCAUAGCAAUGCUUGCCCUCUCUGGGCCUCUUAAGGUAUUUUCCUUCCUUAUUUUCUUUAGCAUGUUUCUUUUUUAAGUGAGAAAACUAUCUUAAAAUGGUACUGUAAAAAGGUGGGAAAUUAGGUAGAUCAUAUCAUCUUGAUUCCUUUAUCUCACUUAAUUAAGGAGAAGUUUGCCCAUAGUGAUCUGGUAUUUCCUAAAACAAGCAUACAUGAAGAACACUUUGAGGAACUUCAAAAGAAUUUUCAGGCUAGAUCAGGAAAAGAUAAAACCAGAAGUGGAAACUUCUAAUACACUUUAUAGCUCAUUACUUACAGGAAGUACAUUGUUACAUAGGAUACUAAUGAAUUCUGCAGAAUGAGGUUUCCAAAAGAAAAAUAAAAUGGCACCUUCUCUAUCUUUAGAGGAAAGGUCUGAGGGCUUUUGCAAUUAUGACAGAUAUGCAGUGGAUAUGUAUGGUCAUAUCACCUGGAUAGAGUCUAUCUCUGGGAAAAGGCUAUUUAGAAUUUCAAGUGUGUACACUAUUGAAUUUCUACAGCAACUUCCUGGUCUAGCUGUUAAAAGUGAUAAAGGGAAUGGUAAAAGUCUAUCUUGUUUUCAGUUGCUCUGUUCUACACCCCAGAGAGCAGAAGUGCUGCCCUGUGUACAGCUGGCUGUGAGCAGGGUGGCAGGAACACAAAUUUGGAUGACUGAGGAUGAACAUGUAAAGUUGAUGCUGAUGUUCCCAAUCAGGUAGUGAGGCCAGCAAAAUGGAAACAGCAAAAUGGAUACUCAGAUUUUUCCAGUGACACUUGUCUGGGAAAUUAUUAUUUGGCAGAGUCUUAAUUAACUGAAAUGAGCAAGUAAUUCUAAAAUCCUGAUUUUGGAAUCCCAAACUACUGGAUUUACUGUUAGUGAGUUAAUGCUGUCAGAGGUGCUGUGGUACAGGAAUGUUUCACAUUUGUAAAGCACACAGAAGUCCUAAGGAUAACAGGUAACAGUUUUCUACUGUCUGAAGAGUUCCCUGGUGUAAGGAGGCCCCUCGAUGGUGCCUCAAGAGCUGAGGGGUUGUGCCCCAGGCUCAGCUCAUGGUUUCAAGUCCAGACGUGCUGUCCCCAAGCCGGCAGCACCUGGAGCUGGGUGCACCUCUGUCACAUGCAGUUAUUGCACACAUGCUGGUUACCUUGUGUUCUCCACCAAGGGGGAUAUGUCCACCUGCCAGCUCCUGUAUUUCACUCAGAUUGUGAGGAUAGCUUUGCUUUAUGUAUGAACAUAUUUUAGGUGGCAAAGCAUUUCUAUCAGGACUGAAGCACAUGGGCAGUGAAGCUUGAACAUUUUUUCCCUGUGUACAGGCAAGAUAUUUAAAUAUGGGAUUAGUUGCUCUUUGUAUCUUCAGGGGCCCAGAUACUUCUAAACCUGUGGUCACUGGAAGGUGUCUUGCUGAAAAUCCAGAGGCUUUUGCCCUUGUGAAAAUUUCUACUUUUGCUUGAAAGUGAGAUUUGGACUCCUGAGUCUCAAAGAUGCUUUUGCAAGUGUUGUAUCUGUCUUUCUACUUUUCUAUAAAUCAACUUGCUUGGCCUGAACUGAAUGUUUAAAUAAUAAACAGCUGAAGGACAGUCUGAUCACUUCUUUCUGAGCCUUUCCCAUGGGGAGCGCUUGGGGUCACAUGGCAUCUGCUCUGACCUUAAGGACCUGCUUUCUGGAGGCUUUUUUACGAUGCUGACAAACCUCACAUUUUAACUAGCUGUUAAAUAAGCCAGUCAGUGGUAACUAUUCAGGACAGGGAUUAGAAGAGUAUUCUUGCUAGGAUACAAGAUGGCUCUGUCCAUGUGCUGGCCAGGGAUGAAGGGCUGGAAAACUGUGUGGUGGAAGGGACUAUUAAUGUGAUUUUCCACAACUUUCCUUGCAGCUGCAUUUUUGAGAGGAGAGAGAGAGAGAUGGCUAGGCUUGCAGUAACAUGUUGUGCCGUCAUAAAUGCUACAGCCACCAUCUGUUUCCAGCCCACGACUUGAAAGAAAACUGAGCAGUAAUCUCAUAAUUCACAUGAGUGUUUUACACUUCUGAACCCUUCCCAACCUUUGUCUAAUAAUGAGGGGAGUGUGUGGUGCUAAGUUUUAUAUUUUUUCUUGCACUUAUUGGUGUUUAUUUGUAUGUCUCUUUCUCUUUUGUUGUUUCUGGUUUUUUUUUUUCCAUAAAAAUUUAAUUGGGAGGAAAAUCAGACCAGUUCCACAGACAAAAGAAACAUAAUGAAGGCAAAAUCCCAAUUCCAUUGAUCUUGCUGACAGAAUUCUCCAGGAGGAGGUGCAUUUAAUAUUCCUCACUGUGUCUGCCUUAUUUACUUGUUGAUUAAAAGAAAGACAGUAGAAAGUGAAGAGGCAGGUUGCUGAACUGCCCUUUCCCUGCAGAAACAGAGCUGCUAGAAUAGCUGGACAUGCGCAUUUUAAACCCAAACCCUCAGAGAGGAUGGUAAUGGUAGGUUGGAUUUUAAUGAAAACAAAUUCUUCUACUAAUCUUCGCUUGGGGCUGGCCCUCCACAGGAUUAAGGAUACCACCUGCUGUGCCAAAGACAUGCUCAGGUUCGAGGCUGCUGGUGGGUGGGAAGAACACAAACAUCUGAGAGCGACUCUGGUGAGCGAUCACAGUCUGUCCUGUUGUAGUGCCCUCAGGGAAGCCAAAGAGUUGAGAUCAUUUAGUUGAUGGAAAUACUGCUCCCCUCCAGCCUGCAAAGCAAGGAUAGCAUCAUUAAGGAUUUCUUUCUGGCUGUUCUGCAAAAUCAAGGGCUGCUGUUUCUCUAGGCCUCCUCUCGUCCUUGGACCCAGUUUGCACAUCUCCUCCAGCCACAGCCGGACCGACUGAAUGAACUGCUCUCCUCUGGCCUUAGGAACAAUGGCUUUCAUCAUCCCCACCAGACUGCAGAGCACUUUAAGGAUGAAAGGGCUUCUCAUUUCAUAUAUCCCACUGCUGCUAGAACUGUAAAUCAUCAAUGGACUGAAUUUAUAGCCAACUGCUACUGCAAGUGAGUGAAAUUUAUUUUGUGUUGUCAUAUGUAUGGUCAAACUGUCCAAGAAGUUGCCAAACAAAGAACUGAGCUGCUGAUGGGCAACCCACUCAAUCUAUUCUCAUUUUAUUUAAAAAUAAUAAAUAACUAUCAAUCAAAAGAACUUAUUUUGACAUGUGCUACCUGUUGGGUGAUCCUCAGUGUGUCUGGGAUGUGUCCAUAAAUGGAAGAAAAACUGCCAGCUGUUGCCAGGUCCAGCAGAUAUUACAUGGAUUUCCACCAAGAAAAGGUUUGUGGGCUCACUAGGGUUGGGGACAGGUUAAGGACCAUCUCCUUUUUUAGCACUACUUGCUGUUCUGAGAGUGUUUGCUCAGGUAGCAGGUGUGCACAGAGUCCACAUCCAGCCACGCUGACCUCUGCUUGAAUCAAUGACAAAUCUGCAUUGACCUGUGUAUAGCAGUGGUCCUUCUUCUGUCUCACAGUUUAAUGACAGGUGGAUUUUUGUGGAUCUUUGGGGUCUGGAAAGCUGGCCUGUGUCUAUUUUGGUGCCUUGUGAUGGUGAUGAGCUAAAAAGGAAAUAGUAGAAACUCUUUAGGUUGCAGGGGUCUGAAUCAUACAUUUCUGUAUGAUUUUCUUACAGAGCGAACAAGCCUGAAAGGUCAUUUUUGUGUUUUACCCAGGCUCAUUAAUUAUAGCUGGGGGUGUUGGAAGCUGCCUUUCCCUGCUUGCUCCUGUUGUCCUGCCCGAUUCAAUCCCUGCAGCCUCCUACCCCCUUGUCUGUGGUUUAUGGCCACAUCUGGAGUGUCUCCCUGCACACGUGCUGGUAGGAUCCUCCACCCCGCCAGCACACACAUUGUGGCUUUUUGGUGUCCGUGGAGUUCUAGGCAUCUUUCCCCACACUUGUUUUUGCGUGAGAGGGAAAGAGAGAAGGGGCACGGGAAGGGCAGUGGCAGAGAAGGCCUCUGACAUGAAAUUCCCAGGAACAGGAUUUGCACAUUUUAUGACCGUUCAGAUGGAAAUGCAACGGAGCUGAAUUAUUCCUCCUUAAUCCUGCUUUCUCACUUUUCUCCCAAUAGCCUCUUCCCCUCCAGUUUAGGUAAUACAGAAGCUUAUAAACAAAUCCCCCCGCGUGAAAAAUAGCAAAGCCGGGGGAAAAAAAGGACCUGGGUUAGGGCUGUGAUGGAUAGACAGGUGGAAGGCAGGCACCAGAAGGGAGGAUGAAUGGUAAAAGCCUUUGAUGGAAACACUAAAGAGCUAUUGAAAAUCCAAGGGGUAGGGGGAGGGAGGAGAAAGAAUAGCAGGAGGAGGGAAAGCAAGGCAGCCGUGCCCCCGUCCCCCCGCCCUCUUUCUCAGGAUGUUGAAAGUAUUUGUCCUUCGUUACAAAAUGAUUGAACUGCCGCCAGGCCAGGCCACCCUUCCAGCCAUUGCACUGGGAAACUGGCACUUCUGAAAGCCUCGUCGCCUCUCAAAUUUUAUAGCUUUCCCUUUUUGUGGGAGUUUUUGUGUUGUGCUGUUUGCAGGAUUGUUUUCAGAUUUGCCGCAUAUCAAAGAAACUAUAUUUUGUUGCUCUGACAAACACAAGAAUCCAGGUAAUGAAAAGAAGAAUUUAAAAAAUAAAGGCCCAUUUUUAUCAGAA